AUGAGGAAAGUAUAUGCCAUGCUCUCUUUCACUGUAAGGCUGCGAAGGAGACUUGGGAGCGUUCAUCAAUACCGUUACCUCCGGCUGAUUUGGAAAGCGAGAAAUGCAUUUUUCUUUGAGAGAGUGCGCUACGAGGCAGAAGCGAUAGUCUCUAAAGCUGAAGAAGAUGCAACAAUAUGGACACAGCUUCAACGACAAGACCAAGAAGAGCCUAAUACUUUACCUAGGGAAAUGCUCUACAGAGGAAGUUGGAAACCCCCGCCCUUGGAUAUGGUCAAGUGCAAUGUUGGCGCUUCUUGGAGGAGUGGCUCGCAAUGGAGUGGGGCAGCAUGGAUCAUCCGAGAUUCUCAGGGACAGGCCAUCUCACAUAGUAGACGAUCUUAUUCUACGUGUCGUUCUGCCACAGAGGCAGGUUUGAACGCUCUGUUCUGGGCGGUGGAAGCAGUUAAGAAUAUGCGUAUGAAUAAAGUCAUCCUGGAGGUGUCUUCUCCCGAAGUUUAUGAGGUGUUAACCAACCCUAGGCAUAGUUUGAGAAGGUGUACGUUGACGGCUAGGGUGCUUCAUCUUUUGAGCUUGAUAAGCCAUUACCAUCUGACGUAUGUCCAUAUUGAGGCGAAUCAAGUAGCUGCGGAGAUUGCUCUUAGUGUCACACGUGAUACUCGUCUUCAGUCAUAUGUUGCUCACGGAGGCCCUACAUGGCUUAGGACCCUUAUUCUCAAGGAAGCGUCGGUGACUGCCACAGACGAUGCGAGUUGA